CAACAUGUCUGACAAAAGUGACUUAAAAGCUGAGCUAGAGCGCAAAAAACAGCGCUUAGCACAGAUAAGAGAAGAGAAGAAACGGAAGGAAGAGGAGAGAAAAAAGAAAGAGGCUGAUAUGCAGCAAAAGAAAGAACCUGUUCAGGACGACUCUGACCUGGAUCGCAAGCGCAGAGAGACAGAGGCUCUUUUGCAAAGCAUUGGUAUAUCGCCGGAGCCCCCUCUAGUGCAGUCGCUGCAUUUUUUAACAUGGGAUACCUGUUAUUUUCAUUAUUUAGUCCCAACCCCUAUGUCUCCCUCCUCGAAAUCAGUGAGCACUCCCAGUGAAGCCGGAAGCCAAGACUCAGGAGACCUGGGACCCUUAACAAGGACCCUGCAGUGGGACACAGACCCCUCAGUGCUCCAGCUGCAGUCAGACUCAGAACUUGGACGCAGACUGCACAGACUGGGUGUGUCAAAGGUUACCCAAGUGGAUUUCCUGCCCCGGGAAGUCGUGUCGUACUCCAAGGAGACCCAGACCCCUCUGGCUACACAUCAGUCUGAAGAAGAUGAAGAGGAUGAGGAAAUGGUAGAGCCUAAAGUUGGCCACGAUUCAGAACUGGACAACCAGGACCAGAACCAGGAGGUGACAGAAGCCCCUCCACGGGAGCUGACAGAGGAAGAAAAACAGCAGAUCCUUCAUUCAGAGGAAUUUCUCAUCUUUUUUGAUCGGACAAUACGGGUAAUUGAAAGAGCACUAGCAGAAGACUCUGACAUCUUCUUUGACUACAGCGGUCGAGAGUUAGAGGAAAAAGAUGGGGAUGUCCAGGCUGGAGCCAACCUUUCUUUCAAUCGUCAGUUCUACGAUGAGCAUUGGUCCAAGCACCGAGUGGUCACUUGCAUGGACUGGUCUCUGCAGUACCCCGAGCUGAUGGUUGCUUCCUACAACAACAAUGAAGAUGCUCCCCAUGAACCCGAUGGAGUGGCUUUGGUCUGGAACAUGAAGUUUAAGAAAACCACACCAGAAUACGUCUUCCACUGUCAGUCCUCUGUGAUGUCAGUGUGCUUCGCUCGUUUCCAUCCCAACUUGGUGGUUGGCGGGACUUACUCAGGCCAGAUCGUCCUGUGGGAUAAUCGCAGUCAUCGAAGGACACCAGUGCAGAGGACACCCUUGUCAGCUGCUGCACACACUCAUCCCGUGUACUGUGUAAAUGUUGUUGGGACCCAGAAUGCUCACAACCUCAUCACUGUCUCUACUGAUGGUAAAAUGUGUUCCUGGAGCCUGGACAUGCUCUCAACUCCACAGGAGAGCAUGGAGCUGGUGUACAAUAAGUCCAAGCCUGUGGCUGUUACCGGAAUGGCUUUCCCGACCGGAGACGUCAAUAACUUCGUGGUUGGCAGUGAGGAGGGUACCGUCUACACGGCCUGCCGUCAUGGAAGCAAAGCAGGUAUCGGUGAGGUCUUCGAAGGUCACCAAGGGCCAGUGACUGGAAUUAACUGCCACAUGGCUGUGGGCCCGAUCGACUUUUCACACCUGUUUGUCACAUCAUCAUUUGACUGGACCUUCAAACUGUGGACCACAAAGCACAACAAGCCGCUCUACUCCUUUGAAGACAAUGCAGACUAUGUGUACGAUGUCAUGUGGUCCCCCGUGCAUCCCGCGCUCUUUGCCUGCGUGGACGGGAUGGGGCGCCUGGACCUCUGGAACCUCAACAAUGACACCGAGGUCCCUACAGCAAGUGUGGCCAUCGAAGGGGCUUCUGCCCUAAACCGUGUUCGCUGGGCUCAAGCCGGCAAAGAAGUUGCCGUUGGAGACUCAGAAGGCCGAAUUUGGAUCUACGAUGUUGGAGAGCUUGCAGUUCCUCACAAUGAUGAAUGGACCCGAUUUGCCAGGACCCUCGUGGAGAUUCGUGCCAACAGAGCCGAUAGCGAAGAGGAAGGCACCGUUGAGUUAUCUGCCUAGUGGAAACUGUCCGUCCCCACCCCAGCCCCCACCUUCACCUUCUAGAACUCAGCUCUGCGGUCCUCGAUUGCACUUGUAUUCGGUGUCCAUUCAGUAUCCGUGUCGUGUGACAUUUGGGUGUCAUAUUGUGCCAGCUUUGCUCCAAGUAUUCCAAAUGUAUCCCGCCCUGCACCCCACUGACCUGAAAUUCACCAGAUCAUUUCUAUCUUUAUAUUUGUCUCAAAACUGGGGGG